AAGUGGGCGGACGAUUACUUGCUAUCCGAGAGCGCAUCUUGCUGGGCAACGGGGAAGAGAGGCUUUGGCGAUGUUAAAGGUCCUGCUUAUGAUAGGUUCAAGAUAUGUGGGGUCCAAGAGCCACGAUUGAAUUGAAAAGAGACAACAACUCUACUUCAAACCGACAAACUACUAUCCAAAUCAUUGAAAGAUCUUCAGACCAAGGCGGGCUUCCUAGUCUACCCUCUUCCCGGCCUGGUAACUCGGAUUCUUCCAGACAAGGCAACCGCCGCGGUCAUGUCGAAAGUUCCUCCCUGUAUUUGCCGAUGGUCCCCGCCCACCUCCAAGAAUCCGAGCUGGAACAAGUCUUCCGCCCCUUCGGCGAGCUCGAAUCCGUCCGCAUCAUUCCAGGCAAAUACACCCAACAUUCCAUGGCGUUCGUCAACUUCCGCGACAUCGAGCCCGCCCGUCGCGCCCAGCAGCAAUUUAAUGGGACCAUCAUGUUUGGAUCAAGCGAACCUGUGCGCGUUGAGUAUGCGCAGAGUGGUAGUAGGGACCGACGACAGCGAGAUAAUACGCGGGAUAUGCCUCCUCCUUCGACUUCCUCCACCCAGUCCCAGAACGGGCCUGCGCCAUACACCAACCGGACACUUGUGCUCGGCCAGGGAAGAACAAGCAGCGUGACCGUCUCCCCCGCUCGCUCCGCCCCACAGCAGUCCACAGCCGACAAACCCGACCCGAAAUCCCCGGCGGUCAUCUUCAAAAACUUCAGCCAACGCCUCAGUGGGCGCGAGAUCGAAGACAACCUCGCCAAACUCCUCGCUUCCAAAAACGUCUCCCACAACAACAAACAGCGCCGCAUCGCGCUGUACAACCUCACCUCCCUCGAGAACUGCUUUGCGGCGGUUACGGGCCUGAGCAGGUGGGAGGCGGAUGCGGUUGUCAGGGAUUUCAACGGGAGGGAGUUCUUUGGGAGUCCGUUGGAGGUUAGCGCUUGUACGGCGGCCGAGGCGGAGAGUAGGGAGGAUAAAGACCUGCGGCCGGUGUUUGAGAAGCUUGAGUUGAGGGAGUUGGUUGAGGGUGCCGGUGCGGAGAAGGUUGUGUAUAGGGUUGUGGAUGAGCGGGCGUUUGGGAAGACGGGGUAUGCGGUUGUCAGGGUUGAGAAACUGCCCGCUGCUAUUGGGAAAGAGGACGUCGUUGACGCGUUCAGACUCAUUGGACCGGUCCUAUACGCCGUGCUUGAUACCGACAACCCGAGCAGCGGCCACGUCGUCUACGUCAACAAACUCCACGCGCGUCGGGCCGUCGACGAAUUAGACGGUACCACCCCCCUCUUCGGCGCCACCUUCUCAACAUCGGGCAUCACCGUCAAGUUGGCCGAAGCGACAUCCAGCACCGUCCGGAUCCGCUACGAGGAACAGAUCCCGCAUGAGGAACUCACCCGCGUGUUCAGCCGCUACGGUAAGAUCGUGCGGCAGGCUCACACGCCCGACGAGGCCUCGAGCGCUCUCAUAACGUACGAAAACACCGUGGGAGCGCAACGGGCCGUCGGAGGCAUGGAUGGCGAGAUUAUCGGCGGUUUCAGACAUGAGUUGGAGGUGCAGUUUUACAUCCCCAGUAUUGAGAUGCGGAUUGCGGAGUUGAAUCGGGAUGGGGAGGAGGAUAUGGAGAUUGAGGCGGAUGAGGAGAACGAGGAUGACGAGGAGGAGGAGGUUUUGGAGGAGCAUGUGGUUGUUUCUGUUAAGCCAAAUCUGGAUCAUCAACGGCCUACGAUUAACAUCAUCAGCGGCUAUCAGGUCCUCGAAGUGGAUGAUGUUGGCGCACAGGAUAUGGAGCUCGAGUCGCCAGCUACACCGGAGGCGACGAACCCCGCGGUUUACCCGAAUGGAGGGCAUCACGCGACGACGUUGACGGAAGAGCAGCAGGCGGCGUAUGGCGAGCUGUUGAAGCAUCUGAAACCGGAUUUUGCGGCGAGUGCGAACGAGUACCAGAAGAGCGUCACGCCUGUGCCUGUUCAAGUGGAAGAAGUCACCGAAGCACCGCAAGCAGCCAUGGACGUCGAUCUCAUGACGGAUGUCACCGAGCCACAAGACCCAUUCUCAAAGCUCGCGAAAACAGGCAUGAAAAACAAAGAAACCACCAUCCGCGUCCACAUGCUCUCCGGCAACCCGGACCUCCUCUCCACCCUCUCCGUCGACACGCUCGCGCUCAAGAUCUCGCAGCGGUACAAGAUCACCGACCAAGCCAUCUCCGAUCUCGAAGCGAAACUUGUACCCGGCGGGAACUGGCUCGUUGCCGUGUGCGUGCACGAGUACACCGACACCGCAAAGUUAUCACAACCCGAAACGGUGGAGGAGAAACGGCAGAGGCAGGCGAAAGCGGCGGCGGCGGAAGCGGAGCAUUUUGUGUUUAUGGAGCAGUAUUUCAGGGAUAGGGGCUCGGCGGGGAUGGCGAUGCUGGACGCCACCGCGGCGAAUGUGAUUCCGGUGUGUGAUACGACGCGCAAGUUCUUGAAGGCGAGGUUGGAGGGUGCGGAGGAAGAGCGGGCGAGGGUGGUGCAGGGGGUUGUGGAGGGGGUUGAGGAGAGGGUUCUGCUGUUGGUGCUGAUACCGCGAUGAUGUGUGGGCGGGUUGUAAAAAUUGGGGGAGGUCUGCGUUGUACGCUUCUGCCAGGCGUCGUAUUUCAUUCUCUCAUUGGCGGUCUAUGGUCUCUACUCUCUGGGUCGAACAUUGUGUGAGAGAAGGGGUUGUUCAUUCGUUGGGUGUCCAUAUCAUGCAUUGUUCAUAUACUGUAUUCAUCUGUCCUUUGGGACCUGGACGCAAAAAGGCAAUGGUUGC